AUGUUAUACAGCCACGAGAAGCUAAGCUUCGAUAGAUACGUGGUGUUUCCAGCACGUUCUGAGGCAUACGCGAACUCGGAGGUUUUGAUGGCGAGACACUCUUGCAAAUUCGCUUUUCUAUUUUUAACAUUGUUUCUGGUCGUUCUUCUGGAAGACGGUUGCCUUGGCAAAGAGAAGAAACCAGAUCCGAAGAACAAGAAGGAAAAGAGCAGUAAAAUAGGCAAGAAUGUGAUGGAUUACACGGAAGCAGAUCUGCACAAAUUACUCGACCAAUGGGAAGUAAGCACGAAGACAUAAACAUUGUUGUUUUUCUUUUUAACUUCUCGCUUAAGGUUGUCAGAAUCAUUAACCAUAGAUUGUAGACUCACUUAAGGUAUUUGGAAUAGAAUGGCAUUAGUUUUAAGGUUAAAUUUUCUUCAGAGCUAUUAUGAAAACAUUUGAUGCUCUGAAAUUUAUUAUACCGAUGGCCUCUUAAUAUUUUGAGGUGAAUUCGAUUGGAACACACAUUUUCCAUUUUUUCAGGGAUGGAUUCAAUCUCGAUUGUUGUCUCUUAAGUUUCUUUCAAGGGCUUUUCUUCCGUGUUGUAGAGUCCCUGAGACUCACUCUUUGUGUAAUGGCUUUCAAUUGUUGAGAAUACCUUAGCCUUAUGAUAGUUGGAUUUAUGUUAAGGAACACCCCAGCCCAGGGGACACCUCCAUUUUUAGGGCAUUGGCUUUGUUCCCAUUCGAAUGGAAAGCUCUAAUAAUCUCUAUAUAUUUCAGUGCUGUUUAAGGGACCUCUAAAGUGAGUUCCAAUGUACACUUGUGCUGAUCUUAGGAGUUUCACAUGGAUAAAUGUUCAACCAUGUAGAAGCUCUUUAGUUACAUGUUCUCUCCUUCACUUAGGAAAAUGAUGAAGAUAUUGAGGAAGAAGAUCGGUAUGAUGACAAUGACCCCAGAAAGCCACCACUGCCAGGUGGAGGCUUUGAUCCUCAACAGUUCAAGAAUGACCCAAUGGCUCUUUUGAAAGCAUCUAAGAAGGGGAAAGUUAUCAUGAUGUUUGUGUCAGUGGCUGGGAAUCCAAGUAAAAAAGAAACAGAACAGAUAACUGCAAGGUGGCAGACAAGUCUUUUCAAUGCUCAAUUUCAGAUUGAAAGGUAUUAUACAACACAUAAAUAUAUAUCUUAAGUCUCAUUUUUGUCCUGUUAGGCUUUCUUUUUUACAAAUAUUAUUUAUGUAUACAUAUAUAUGUGAAGUCUGUGUUUGAUUUUUCCAUAGUACAGUUCUUGAUAUGUAGAAGUAGAGCAUGAUAUUUAUUGAGAUAGGAAAAAACAAAGAGACUACAAUUUCAUCCCAAUUAGCCUGUUUUGUGAUUAACUCACUCUUCAGGGGAUUUAAAUGACAAGAAUAUUCAUAACCAUCAUUAACAUACUUUAACAUUUGCAUAAUUGAUGUGGCAAUAAAUUUGGAUGUUUUGUUCAGCUGUUACACAGCAACAUAUAUAUAGCUGCUAUGCAGCAACACACACACAUAUAAUUUGAUUGCAUUACUUAUGUCAUAUUUGUGACUUUCGCUAAGUGGACAUAAAGGUGACAUGAACCUGUCCCUCAUCUUUUUGUUAUAUGUCUGCAAUUUAAGUUUGAUUCAGUCUAUUUGACUCCACUGUGAGUUGUGUCUAGUAUUUGAAAUAAUUUCCUGUUUUAAAAAAAAAGGGAAGAAAGGAUGGAUGAAAGAAUUGUUCGAUGCACAAAGUAGAUCUACCAAGAGUCUCUGCAAAUAACCUGCCUGAAGUAAUUCACUAUUUAUGAAUCUUCUUUCUAUGCUCAGGUAUAUUGUUGCAGAUGACCGUGCUCUCUUCAUGCUCAAGGAUGGUAGCUUGGCUUGGGAUGUCAAAGAUUUUCUGAUUACUCAGCCAGAUUGUAAAUUAGUUGAAUUUGACAAUCAGCAGUUCCCAGGAGCUGGUGCAAAAAGUGAUCCAACAGCUAAAACUGAACUCUGAUGUGAUGCCAUUUCUCAUUAAUAAUGUUAAAGAAUUGUACAUUAUUUCCAGCUAGUAUUUUUAUUAAUAUGUUAACUCUGGAGUUAAAGGUUACAGUAAACUUGAGAUGAUGCUUCAUGCUGUUUAACCUUCUACACCCUAACAUUAGUAUCCAAAAUAUCCAUAGUCAUCUCUAUACAUUUCAUUGGAAGUUACUAAAACAAGGAAUGAUCUAAAAUGAUCUAAAAUAACCUAAAAUGGCUAUGAUUGAUUUCUAAAAUGACUUAAAAUGACCCAAAAUUACCUUGAGUGAUUUCUAAAAUGACCUAAAAUAACCUAAUAUCCAACCAGUCCAAUCCAGAUUUUGUCAGUGCUGCAAACUCAAGGUCAUUUUAGGUCGUUUUAGGUCAUUUUAGAAAUCACUCAAGGUCAUUUUAGGUUAUUUUAGGUCAUUUUAGAAAUCACUCAAGGUCAUUUGAGGUUAUUUUGGGUUAUUUUAGAAAUCACUUAAGAUCAUUUUAGGUCUUUUUAGGUCAUUCCUUGUUUUAGAAACUACCACAUUUCAUUUGGUACUGACAACAAGUGUUUGUUUAAAAAUCAGCUUCUUAUGUUGGCAAUCAUUUCAUAUAUUCUCAUGAUCUUUAUGAACAAUUUGGAAGUAAAACUGUAAGGAGAAAUUAGAUGCUGGUCACUCUUAGGUUUUAAGGGAUUAACCAUGGCAGGUAACCAGAGACAGAAGCAAGCAAAAGACAUUGAAAGGAGCCAGAAAGAUCUUGGCAACCUGCUAAAGUAUGCAAGGGAAAUCCACAUCAGACCUAUUACUGGAACAAAAUACAUUUUGUAGGAUGCAAGCAAAGCUCCUGAUUUAUGAAGAGACUUAGGUUGAUUAUGUAGAUUUAUAAAUUUCCUGAGACAUGCAAAAAUGUUUAAAGGAUGUGUCACAUAUUUUCUUAGCUUUAGGUUUUGAUUAGGUUUUUGUAAUCUAAAAAUCCUUACAAGGAACAAAUCACAGGGCUGUGCUCUAGCCAAGUGGGGUCACUCUGGCAAGUGGGAAACUGGUUCAUUUAUCUUUGCAUUUGUGAAAGCUUUGCAUCAGGUUUCUGUGACGAGAAAUAUCAAAUACUAAGUGAUUCUCCUUACAGCACAGCUUUCUUAACACUUGAAAAGUGAUGGUCUCUACAUUUGUAUCCAUCGUAGACUACAAGCAGUCCCUCCUUUAUGGUGCAGUCUGUCACACAAGUAAAAAAUAUCAGUGAAAAAAUUGUUAUUGCACCACAGGGAGCUGUAGGAGUGACGUUGAUACACUGUGGCACUGACAUCAAUUUUUUUUACCAUUUAUUCUUUUUGACUUGCAUGACAGACUGCCAAAAAGGAGGGACUGCUCAUGGCUGGUAUUCAUGGAAUCUCCCACCAAAACUGAUUUUAUCUGGAGUACCUCUGUUUUAGUCUUACAAACAGUUGAACAUGGAUUGACAUUGGAAGUCCUAUGUGUUUCUUCAAAAGUUUGCUGGUGCAGAUGUAGAGAAGAUUUUUUCUCUGUAUAUUUACAUAAUUUUUAUUUUCAGCCCUUGCAAUGUAGUGCAAAAGGCACAGAACCAAAAGCUUUUUUCAUUUAGCUUGGACAUUGAUAGUACUUGAAGACUCUGAUCUCUCCUCACAAUAUUUGGUCAAUAUCAUUGUAGGUAAUCAAUUUUGAAAUAAAUCAAUUAUUCAUAUUGUACUCUUGGAAAACUUAGUUUUUUCACUUUUUUUCAUGCAAAAUGCAUAUUAAAUGACUACU